CCUUCACCCAUUUCUGUCCGGCAGUCAUUUGGUACGUGCUUGCUUGUACUUCAGCUUUAUCGUGCCAAUUAUAUUCCAUAUUUUAGUCAAAAUGUCCUCGUGGAUAUUGAACAGUGCGAGCAGAACGUGUCGCAGGACCUACACGUCCUUUCUUAGGACGCUGGCAACAUCGUCGACGCCAGCACCGGAGAACGCACCGAAUACCCAUUUUAAAAUUACUCUGCGGCGUUCCGCGAUAUCUCUUGGUGACAGAAUCAAGGGAACGCUGGAAUCGCUCGGUAUUCAUCGACGAAUGCAGACCGUAUACCACCCACACUCACCUAUCGUUGCCGGGAAAAUCCUGAAAGUGAAGGAAUUGGUCGAGGUAGAGAAUGUCCCAGAUCACCUUGUACGGACAAAGCAGCAGCAAACGCUGGAUAGGCGGCCAAAACGAGGAUACAAGGUUGUGAGGUCGUCGCGACCAUCAAUAUGAGGAUGAAGAGGCGCAUACAAGCAUCAUUUUGUCAUUGAUAGCCUUACUUACUGUCGUCUCUGACCACAGGUCAAGAU